GUGUUUUUUUUCUGUUUUGCUGCUGGAUUUUGAGCUGUGCUUCUGCUCUGCUCUCUGAUCUACUGCAGAUCAAAUAACACAGUCACCAGCAGAACAAUCAGGAAUCUUCAGCUUUCUCUGGUCUUUUAUCCAAACAUCUGUAUGUUCUUUGCCUUUAUCUUCUGGGUUCUUACUGAAGAACUUCUGAAUGAGACCAUCACUUGCUGUGCUCUUAAUAUUCUGAGGUCUUUAAUGUUGAUUUGGGCUUUGUCUUAUUUAAAUUAUCUUCAAGACAACCUUAAAACAUGGAUCAAGUUUUCAAGUAGAAAAAGAGAAUUAGCUGUUUUCACAGUCGUUGUUUAUUCAGUUUUUUUGAUAGAUGCCUGGAUAAAGGCUGCAAAUAAGAAAUCUGCAUGGCGCAUAAUUUUUGGAAUGUUCUAUGGAUGUGUUGUGCUGUUCUCUUUCAUUUUGAGUAGAGGUUUUAUCAGGAUGCACGUGAAGUGGGUCUGGUUAUAUUUCCUGUCUCUGGCACAAUUCCUCCUACUGUUUUCCUCAUUUGGACUUCCCAGUCCAGCUUUUCUAGCUGCGCCAAUGGUUCAGGCAAUACUGCUUAUGUGUAUGCGAACUAGCUUCUGGAAAUUAGUGAUAACAUUAUAUAGCAUCCUAGUGGUCUAUGUUCAUGUACGCAUAUUUGGAAGAGAGAAAGAAUGCUUGCAGUGGACCUUUAUGGUUGUAUUUCUUGAAGUUCUGAGGAUCAUGGUGGCCUUUGAAGACCGAGAUUAUGUUAUUGAGGCAGAACAUUCAGAAGCACAGAGACAACAACAGACCGAGACGAGCCAAGAAGGAUCAAAUGCAUUGUCUCUCUGUCAUAAAAUCAUGUUCAUGUUUGGAGCAGUUGGUCUUGUUUUGUUGAACUCUGGUUCACUGACAGCAGAACUGAUCCUGAAAGCACGAAAUGGUGAGCAUGUCGUGAAGGAUCUGAGAGUCAUAGUGUUUCUCUCUGAAUGUGUUUUUGUCUUAUAUUGGAUGAUUUUACAAAUAUGUGCUUUCCGUAAGUAUCUUCUAACAUAUUUUUAAAAGAGACUCAGUUGAUUAAAUCAAUCUGACUGUCAAAUGUAUGACUCGAUGAAUAUUAACAGCAUAAAUAAUGA